AUGGCAUCUAUCUUGCCGACGAACACCCGUCUUUCAAGCGACACGCUUUCUCCUCCAGAGCCGACAGCACAGAGUGUUCCAGACACUCUUUCACUACCACCAGAAGUUUGGCUGCUAGUUUUCCCGUAUCUCAAACCCUGCGACCUACGAUCGAUUUCGUUAACAUGCUCGCCGUUUCGAUACAUGGCACAACCUCUCCUCUUUUCGGUACUCGACGUAUCCCCCUUUUUCCUUGCAUACAACGCUGAACAUCCAAUUCCGCGACCACGGGCAUAUCUUGAACGGUUCACUGAGCGUCUCAAAUGUUAUCAAAUCCCGCAUAUCGCGCAUGGUGUACGCCAUUGUUGGGUAUCACCUUACAGCCGCACAGGCUUUCCGGCUCGUAGCCAGCAGGAUGAUUUAGACCCCAAGCUUAUCAUUAACGCCAUCGUCGAUGCGUUGCCCCAUUUCCCCAAUUUAUCCACGCUUUCAUGGCAUUGCAUCAACAUUUCACCACAGUGGUGGGAUAUUAUACAGUCGUUGAAGAUCAGCAAUCUGUGGCUCAACUCGUCCUCUAUUCCGCUUAGCGUUACAUCGCCGCUUCCGGGCAUCCAGCACCUUGAUCUUGAUCAGUGGCCUUGGGAAGGGAGGGUCACAAACCAUGUCUCCAUACACGAAGAACGAGCACACGGGGUCGACACUGUUGCCUUGCAGUAUGUCAUUCAGCCAGACGUCAUUCAGUAUAUCUCUGUUCCCAGGUAUGACACUGCAUGUCAUCUAUUUUCUGUACUUUCGAAGGCAACAUAUCAUUUGAAGUCUCUGAAGAUCCCAUUCUCUGCGGCAUCCGACCCCUGCUUCAUCGAUGCCCUUGAACAUUGUCCGAGUCUUGCUUCGCUGUGCAUGUUUCCUCCAGCCUCAGACGAGCGUUCGCGUGGUCUAAGGAUAGGCGUCUUGACUCCGUUGACUCUUCCUUCUCUUACGAGCUACGAAGGGCCGUACAGCCAUGUUCUGCAGUUUGCACUGCAGCCCCUGCAAUCGAUUAAUCUCUGGGGAUUUGAUGAGAGACCAUGUGUUUGCGAUCCGGAUGGACUGUCGGAAACGCUAGACGACCUCGCGGAUACAGCAACAGCCAAUAGCCUUACGAGUAUGACGUUGACUGUUAUUAGGAUCACCAGCGACCUGUUGGAAACGUUUGGGUUGUUCACCCGUUUGGAACAAGUGGAUAUCAUGUCUCAAGAUGGUCCGUCUAGCGACCUUCCCAUACCGCACAACCUCUCAGCCGCUGUCCCUGUUUCAACCCUGUAUACUAUGAUGAAUGAAAUGUCGCUGCCACGUAGCAUCCAGCGCCUCAGGUUUUCGACUCGUUUGAAUAGCAGCAAGUUGGACAUUUUGGCACAGGAACACGAGGUUGCUUGUUUCAUGGAAGCGUUCGCCAGCAGGCACCCUAAUAUUCAACGCAUUGAAAUUGGCUAUGGGAUCUAUUGGACGGGGAUGUACAGUGGCGUUUGGGGUCGGAUAAGGGAAAAUACCGAGGUCAACGAAGCGCAAAAGUUGCAGGCGGAUUCGCAGCCUGUCAAGAAGGGCGGAGACAUUGACGAUGGAGGCGGGUACUCGUCGAAGUCGUCAUCAAAGGACUAUAUUGUGUCGACUGUGGUCUCGACGGUUCAUCCUUUGCCGCUUGGAAAAUUGACGUUCACGGAGCAUCGAAGGAAAAUCUUGUUCCCGCAGGAUACCGUGACAGCGAAAGGAAUUGAACGUCAUGAAGCGUUGGCGACAGGGGAUAAGAGGUUCUGGGGGUAUUUUUGGGUUCCUAUCAAGCGUUUGUUUGGGAAGAUCGGUAUCUGA